AAAAACUAGGAAGUUAAAAGUGGAUGCAGAGGCGAGCACAGAUGGGACUAGGGGGCACUCUGUUUUCAGAGAAAGUAGUUGAGAGUCCUGGCAACAGCAGCUGAAAUAUAAAGAAGUUGUAGGAUUAACUUUUUCGCCCAAAGCAGCUUCAGCCCACGUUUCAUUCCCAUCAAGGGAGGGAGAAUGGGUGCCGCUGAGUGGGCGGGGGAGUAGUCUCUGAAAGGAGGUGGAGCGCUACAGCCCCUCCCCGUUGGCUCUCGCUGUUUGUAUACUGUUGGUUUAUACUGAUUUGACAACAGCCGGCUGUUGAGUCGCCUCCUGAUCGCAGCUGAAGGGUCUGUUGAGGGCUUCGGGAAAGGCGCAUAGGCGACAUUGACCCACAGGUGAAGAUCUCUGGAGAUCAUGACAAAGAAAAGAAUUGCUGUGAUUGGGGGAGGAGUGAGCGGGCUCUCUUCCAUCAAGUGCUGCGUAGAAGAAGGCCUGGAACCUGUCUGCUUUGAAAGGACUGAUGACAUCGGAGGGCUCUGGAGGUUCCAGGAAAAUCCUGAAGAAGGAAGAGCCAGUAUUUACAAAUCAGUGAUCAUCAAUACUUCUAAAGAGAUGAUGUGCUUCAGUGACUAUCCAAUCCCAGAUCAUUAUCCUAACUUCAUGCAUAACACCCAGGUCCUGGAGUAUUUCAGGAUGUAUGCCAAAGAAUUUGACCUUCUAAAGUAUAUUCGAUUUAAGACCACUGUGUGCAGUGUGAAGAAGCAGCCUGAUUUUUCAACUUCAGGCCAAUGGGAAGUGGUCACUGAGUCUGAAGGGAAAAAGGAGAUGAAUGUCUUUGAUGGAGUCAUGGUUUGCACUGGCCAUCACACCGAUGCUCAUCUACCUCUGGAAAGCUUCCCUGGAAUUGAGAAGUUCAAAGGGCAGUACUUCCACAGUCGAGACUAUAAGAACCCAGAGGGAUUCACUGGAAAGAGAGUCAUUAUAAUUGGCAUUGGGAAUUCUGGAGGGGAUCUGGCUGUAGAGAUUAGCCACACAGCCAAGCAGGUUUUCCUCAGCACCAGGAGAGGGGCUUGGAUCCUGAAUCGUGUAGCGAACUAUGGAUAUCCUUUUGAUGUGUUGUUCUCUUCUCGACUUACACAUUUUAUGUGGAAGAUCUGUGGCCAAUCAUUAGCAAACAAAUAUAUGGAAACAAAGAUAAACCAAAGGUUUGACCAUGAAAUGUUUGGCCUGAAGCCUAAACACAGAGCUCUGAGUCAGCAUCCAACCGUAAAUGAUGACCUGCCAAAUCGUAUCAUUUCUGGCUUGGUGAAAGUGAAAGGAAAUGUGAAGGAAUUCACGGAGACAGCUGCCAUAUUUGAGGAUGGCUCCAGGGAGGAUGACAUUGAUGCUGUUAUCUUUGCCACAGGCUAUAGCUUUGCCUUUCCAUUUCUGGAAGAUUCCGUCAAAGUGGUCAAAAACAAGAUAUCCUUGUAUAAAAGGGUCUUCCCUCCUAACCUGGAAAGGCCAACUCUUGCAAUCAUAGGCUUGAUUCAGCCCUUAGGAGCCAUUAUGCCCAUUUCAGAGCUCCAAGGACGCUGGGCCACUCAGGUAUUUAAAGGGCUAAAGACAUUGCCCUCACAGAGUGAAAUGAUGGCAGAAAUAUCUAAAACUCAAGAGAAAAUUGAAAAAAGGUAUGUGGAGAGCCAACGCCAUACCAUUCAGGGAGACUACAUAGAUACCAUGGAAGAGCUUGCUGAUUUGGUGGGGGUCAGGCCCAAUCUGCUGUCUCUGGCCUUCACUGACCCCAAGCUGGCAUUACACUUAUUACUGGGACCCUGCACCCCAAUCCACUAUCGUCUACAGGGCCCUGGAAAGUGGGAUGGGGCUCGAAAAGCUAUCCUCACCACAGAUGAUCGCAUCAGGAAGCCUCUGAUGACAAGAGUAGUUGAAAGGAGUAGUUCUAUGACUUCAACAAUGACAAUGGGCAGGUUUAUGCUAGCUCUUGCCUUCUUUGCUAUAAUUAUAGCUUAUUUCUAGUUGUCCUAUUGUCACUGCCCUGUUUUUCAUUGGGCAGCUUAUCUACAGAUGCCUUCAGAAUCUGACAAGAUUGACUCUCAGUUUCAUAUUGCCCAGAAAUCUACUUUAAUGUCUCUUUCAAAAGCAUUAAUUCACUUUCCUUUUUCCUACAAUGAAACCUGUUUUUCAUUUGUAGUAACUCAUCUCCCUUCCACUCGUGAUCCAUCACUCUUCCUUGUGGUAAUCCCUAGACUGUGAGCUCAGGUACUCUUUUAGUCAUCUUUGUAUGUCUUUAGCAGAGUUCUUGACAUGUGGUAGAUGCUUCAUAAAUGUUUGUUGUUUAUCAAAUUUUAUGGUAGGGAGAGUAAGUCAGCAUCUGUGUAAAAUCGCUUACUCCACGUAACUCUUCUGAUAGGAUUUGAUUUUCUAUUAGAAGCUCAAUUUUUUUUUCAUAUUAUAACUAAAUGUUUCCUGAGAGAUAAGAGAAAUAAUGUUCUUACAAUAGUUGUAUGUUUCUAAGAUAAGACAUAGAUGCUUAAGACAUUUUGUUUCACUUGCUGUUCACUAGUGUACUUGAUACAUGGUCAUUUUUAGCCCUUUUCCUUAGGGACCAUGUCUUUAUUUUCUCAAUAAAGAAAUUACUUUCAACUUUCUAGGCUCACAGUCAUUCAGAUAAUCUACCAUCUGCCAAUGAGAUCAACUUGGUUGAGAAUUUUGGGAUUUUAAAUUAGCUGUCCUACCUUCUUAAAUCUCUUUGUUCCCAUAUUAGGAUCCAACACAACUUUAUCUUAGGAAAUAUGAUAAGUAGCUUCCAACUGUUGUAGUGUGGUCUAUAAAUGUGAUUUGAUUCAUCUUCCCCCACUCUAAUUUUCUCCCCUUUUCUCCUCCCUUACAUGGAGUCUAAGUAAUAAGUAUUUGAACAAGUCAUUUAUGUAUUAAAUUAGAAUUGAUAUUAACUAAAUGUACGAACAUUCUGCUUAUACCAGUUUUUCUCAUGUCAUAAAGUGUAGUUCUGAAAAACAGAGCACAUGAAAUGCAAAGCAGGGACUUAGGUUUACAUCCCAGUGCCACUGAUGAUUCUGUUUUCUCAUCUGUGGAAGUUUCACUGUUCUUGUUUCAUGGAGAAAUUCACUAAGUGUCAGCUGUCAGGCACAUUGAACUCAGGUGAUGUUCAUAAAUAGCUCUUGUACAAUACGUUUGUAUUUGGAUUGCUGCUUAUUACUUAACAACAGGAUAAAUUUGAACAAUGGAAAAGAACAACAUUAGAGAUUAUUGUCUUUCUAAAUACAAACACAUGUAAGAGAACCAGAAAUGUGAGAACUACAACAUCUUCUUGUUUAAGCAUUUAGACAAUUGCCUACCCUUUCACCGAAUUUACCUGUGGAAUGCCUUUUGAGAGUUAGAACUGAGAAUUGGUAUUACUUUUCAGGUCUUUUGCUUUCCAUAAUCCUUGUGAUACUGGAGAUUUAUCAUCUAUUAAAAUGAACCUAGUAUUUUUAAAUCUGCAGAUCAAAA